AUGUCGACGACAACAACCUCCCUCGUCCCCUCGCCCCUCAGUUCCAGCUACAACACGGCUCUGCAGACGACACAGAAAGCCGCGGCACAAGCCUCGCAGGCAGUCACAGCUGCCACAAGUCAGGUCUCGCAGCAAGCGCAGAGCCUAGGCUUGACGACACCAAAGCCAGCCUCAGUGUCAACGCCGGCCUCGACACCAGGCAAAUUCAGACACCCGUUAACGACGGAAAUCUUAAGGCGGAACGCUUCCUCCACUAUCACCGAGCGGCAUGUCAAGGGCGCAUUGACAAACGCUGCGGCUCUGCUCGCCUCUUUCAUUUUUAGCGAUGUAUAUUAUAGCAGCGUCACUCCUCUGCUCAGCAAGACGGGACUACUCGACGGCUCGCAGGUUUCGUCGACCGUCCUCCUCCUUCUCCGUCUCCUCUUUUGCAUCAACAUAGCGCUCCUCCUCCGCCCGGUGUUACCCUAUGCCCCUGACCGGGACGAAGUCAACGAUAUUCCCUUGACGCCAUCUCAACGACAACUGUUGGGUUUGGCGCCUUCGACCAAAUCAACGCCCGCUUCAGGAGAGUUACCGGCAAGCUACAUCACACCUCCGCGUUAUCGACGUGUCUCGAACUCCCAAUUCUCUGGCGAAGGCAACAACGGCUCGCCACAUGCGUCGACCGGCCGCCGCAGUAUUUCUGCAAACUACUCUUCCUCCCCGCUCUCGACAUCCCGAUUCAUGCUCGGCUUCUCACCCACGCCUUCCCAAUCCGUAACUGCGCGUCGCACAACUUCCGGCUCACCAUUCUCCGGCUCACCUUCGGCAAGCCCGCUCUUCCACAGGGCAAUCAACAAUCAAUCUCAAUCGCAGAUCUCUGACGUUGACUACAACGCGAGCGCAUAUUCCUCACUCGGCACCAGCACAAGCGCAACCACUCUCCCCGGCUUUGGUGGCGGAAGCCUAAGUCGAUCACAGAGCAUGCGCGAACGACAGCGGCCAGGACGAGAUAACCUGGAGCCGACUUCGCCUUCUCCCACAAGAGGACCUCAAGUCGUGCCUGGAUUGAAUUACAAGUGGUUAUAUGACAAGGGGAGGAAACUGCCGAAGACCGAGUCAAGCUAUGGGUUUUAG